CGCGGGAUGUGGUGAAGAAAGACUUACAUCGAGAAACCAAAGGGUGCGUGCGUGAAGGAAACCAGUGUGUUGUGUGUGUGAGUGCGUGUGUGUGUGUGCAGUGCUCCACCCUUUACCAAAUUGGUGGUGUGGAAACCAAUUAGCCAUUCAGUGAGACAUCUCGAAUUGAAACACAGAUACCGACCAGUGUUGUGUUGUGGCACGGCGAGGCAAGGCAAGUGUUGUGCCAGCGACAGGUGGAGGUGGCACCCCUGCCCUGCCACUCAGUGCCAGGUGUGUGGGUGGACAGGAGAGGGGAGAGUGAAGUGUGAGGUGAGACACCACACGGGUGCAGUGUGAUGGUGCGUGAUGGUGUGUGAGGGCAGGCAUGUGCACCGCCCCUGACCUGGCCAGUCUGCGUGAGGGGCAGGGGCAGGGGGCGGCCAGGGAGCCCGUGUAGCUGACCACUAGACCACACCACCGCCACUGUUGUCCAUCACCUCCGCCGCUGCCUAGUCGUGGUCCCCCUCCCCCCAGCGGCUCAGGGUUGAUGGUGAACAUUGUGGGUGUGCGCACGCUGGUCCCACCCGCUGUGGGUGGUCCCCCCCUCACUGAGGCCAAGAUGACAGCGCGUGCCAUACUCCAGUGCAGACCCAACUCACACCCCUUCCCGGAAAGAACUCUAGUCCUCGACCAAUCAGUCAAGAUUGGUCGGUCAGUGGCCCGCGCCCGGCCUGCCACCAACAAUGCCAUCUUUGACUGCAAGGUGCUCUCCAGAAACCAUGCCCUCCUGUGGUAUGAGAAUGGCAAGUUUUAUCUGCAGGACACUAAGAGCAGCAAUGGCACCUUCGUCAACAACCAACGACUCAGCAAGGGCUCAGAAGAGUCUGCACCGCGGGAAGUGUGCUCAGGGGACAUUGUGCAGUUUGGUGUCGAUGUCAUGGAGAACUCUAGAAAAGUGACGCAUGGAUGUAUAGUUGCCACCUUAAAGCUGUACAUGCCUGAUGGACAGGAAGCCAAAGCCAGUCCAUCGACAGCAGUGGGAGGUGCUGUGUCCAGUGUGACUGCCCAAGAGCUGUACCAGUUAAGGACAUACCUGCAGGAGGCACAGCACAGGGAGCAGCAGAUAGAAACCAAGCUGGCUGCGCUGCAACGCCUCGUGUCUUCCACUCAGGAAGCCGCCACUCACAGCUGGAAGGCCAUGAUUGAUGAGGACCGGCUACUGCAGCGGUUAGAGACCCUGGAAGCUCAACUCACUACGUAUGCCAAGAAUUACCCAGAGGACAGUGUGAGGGAGGAGAUGCGGAGGCUUCUGGACGAAAAGUGUCAAUAUGAAACCACUGCCAAAGAAUCCUUAAGAAGAGUUCUACAGGAAAAACUUGACACUGCUGCAAAACUUGCAGAUUUAGAGAGAACAUUGAGUACUUCUGAGGAUGAGUUGUCUCACAUGAAGGAGAUUUGCGAGUCUUCACAAAAAGAACUUGCUGACCUCCUAGAGAAGCAAGCUGCACAGAACGAACAAGUCAUCCAGCUAACAGAGAAACUUAAGGCUGCCGAAGACCAGCUCAAAGAUGCAGAGGAAAACUACGAACAGGAGAAGAAAGAGAUGGUCAAUAAGAUUGUGGAGAAGUCUAGUGAGGAGAACAAAUUGAUGGCGAGGAUAGAGAGCAUAACAGCAGAGAAUGACUUCACAAAGGAGCAGCUGAGUGCCCUUAAGGCCAAGUAUGAAAAUAUAAAAAAUGGCGAGAUCAGUGGAUUGUUGAAGCCCUUGAAAGACCCUGCAGGUUUAGAUAUGUUGAGUAUAGAGUCAUCAGACAUGAAGCAAGCCUUGGAGACAACACAAAGGGAAAUCCACACCCUAAAAGACCGCCUUCAGACAUCUCAAGAUGAACUGAGACAAGCAGAGGCCAACGUAUCCCAGCUGAAGCAUGAGGCUGAGCUGGCAGACAGUGUGGAGGCCAGCUGCCUCAGCACCCGGGCACGCCUCCAGGAGGAAUUGUCUGACAACAAAGCUAAGUUGGCAGCAGACAAGGCAUUGACAGAACACCUGCAGUCCCAGCUGGCAACACUUGAGGACCGCCUGAGGGAGUACCAGAUGAUUUCAGAGACACCUAAGCUUUAUGAUGACAUCUAUGAUGAUAACACUCCCACAUUGGUUAGGAAGAAGAAGGACCUUCCCAAAAAUAAGGACAAGCUCAAUGAAGAUGAUGCCAAAGAUGAUGAGUGUCCCAAUGACCUGGAUGACAGUGACUCUGACUCUACACUCACCAUCAUUCCCACCAAGAGUGACAAGUCCCUCACUAUUAUCCCCACCAAGGACUGCAAGGAUUUUAAUGUCAAUGGCAGUUUGGAGGGUAAGGAUGAGAAAGAAACCGAGAUUGCUCAAGGGUCAGUAUUGUGUACUGACAUUCAAAGACUUCAAGAACUACUUGAAGCAAGUCAGAGAUCUCAGGAGACUGCUGAGAAGGAGGUAGAGCGCAUCAGAGAAGACUUGGCCCAAGCCUCCACUGCUGCCAUCACUGCCUCACAUGAAGCCUCCAAUCUACGGCAGCAGCUGGCGGCAAGUGAAGCACUCAUGAGUGAGAAGGUGAAGACGGUCGCCUCACUGCAGAGUCAAGUGAGUCGGUUGGAGGAUUCAUCCCAGGAGGUCAACACACAGCUCUCCAACCUCUCUGUGAGGCUGAGAGAGGAACAGCAGAAGGUUCAGGUGGCACAGGAAGAAACUCAAACACUUAGAAAUAAACUAAGUGAAGCUGAGGAGUUAGCCCAAUUAAGUGUACAAGAAGCAGAGUCUCUCAAGAAUAGGAUAAUGGGGCUGGAAGAAAGAUUAGAGUUCAGCCAAAUCACUUCCACUCCACUCAUCCUACCUCCACCAGCCUCACGCAGUGGUGGGAGCAAUAGUCGUUGCUUGCUGCAGGAGAGGACUUCCUCAGAGUCUAUAACUCCUCCAGCUUCUCUAGAUGCUGCUGACCACACCACCAAUUCAGUUGUUAAUGACACAGCCAUAUCUACCUCAAGAAUAGCAGUGCAAGAUGUAGCUGGUGAAUCAGCCACAUGUAAUACUGACAAUAUCACACUCACCACCAAAGAAGCUGAAUUGACAGUGCUCAAAGAGUCCAUACAGAAACUACAGGAAAAGCUUGUCCAGUCACAGCAGGAAUGUUCAGCAUUACAGGAAAGAGAGAACACACUUCAACAGAAACUUGGGAAGGAAAUCCAAAGUGAAAUAAAAGAUCAGGAUGAGCCUGCAUCCUCAGAAAAAGUGACCAGCUUGAAGGAGGAAUUGCAAGCCCUGAAAGAGGAGAGGGACAGGCUGAGGGACAAGCUCUGUCUGCUAGAUGAGGAUUACCAGGUUUUGACAGUACAAAAUAAAAUGGCUGUGGCGCUGAGUCUGGUGCCGCUGUGCAUUGUGCUGCUGGGUAUCAUCACCGCCUUCUAUGACACUAUCUCCGCUGUUACUGGCACGUCUGAGUUUCAUCCACCUUCCUAGAUCCUAGACCACACAGCAUCUGGAUUUUUUUUAUGUACUACUACAUUUAUAUUUUUAUGAUGUACUACUACUUGUUCUAGAACAUGAUGUAUCAUUAUAUUCCUGACUCGCCCACAAGUUUACACUUAAAGUCUUAUUUAUGAUGAAUACUAAGAUUUAUUGUACUAUGUUGCCUUCCAUUGCUGUUGUACCCGUGCCUCAUGUUUCUGUCCCAUAGUUGCUUUGAGUUUGUAGAACCGAGUCCUGUAACACUGCAGUACCAACUCAUUAAACGUGGAAAUGUAACAUUCAGUUGUUUGGACUUCAGAUAAACAGCCCCUGAAUAUAUGAUAUGAAAUAGCAGAAUUUCUUCUACAACAAGCCUUGUUUAUUGAAAAUACCAAAAUUCAUUAAUAUUGUCAUUUCCCUCUUGAGCAGCAAACUAAAAUUUUUCAUACAAGGUUGUUUUCUAGUAAACAGCAAACUGCUCGAUCAGUUUCCUCAGGGAAGAGGGCUCUCAACACAUCAUGCUUUUUGUUCAUGAAUUUAUCAUAGAAUUUUGCAAAACCUUUCAUAGUAGUUACUAAAAAACUACCUGCUUUAUAUUCACCAUGGUAUAAUUAUCAACCUUGAAGCCAGCCAUAAAAGCAAUGACAACCUGUAAUUGAUUCUUAUAUAUAGCAGAGGAGUGACUGCCAUGGUGGUUAAGGACUGAGUGAGAGAGGUCAACUAUUAUACAAGGAAGAUUCAUAAACUUUAAUGGUAAAUCUUGUACUAUUUUCUAAAGUAAUUUUUUUCUUUUUUAUAAGGCAUUAUUAAUUAUAGAAUCUUUUGUAAAUGUUAACUUUAGGGUGGUAUUAAAAUAAAGGUAUGGAGUAAUGGGACUAUGGUAAUGCCUGAGGAAUUAGCACUGUUAACUGGAUAUGCUGUCUACUGUGAUUGGCAUCCAUUGUGCCAUGUUUCAAACUGGAUUUUGCUUAUUUGACAAGCAUUUAAAUCUCAGGAAAUUUGAUACCCAGCCAUAGUUAUCUAUGGAGACUUUUAAUCUAUCUUAUACUAAUAUUUGUUAAUAUGACCUGUUUCUUUGUUUAUAAAUAAUUUGUACAGGAGACAUAAUUUGAUUAACGAAUAUUUUAUAAUGUAAAAAGCCAUUUUUGUAUACGUAUGUCAUUUGUAAUUGUUACCCGAUUGGUCAGGGUGGCUCACACAAGGUACAGCAAGUGUUGGAUUACCAAGCAAAACUAAACCUGUUAUGCAUACAUAGUUAUGAUUUGCACACAUUUAACUUGAAUAUUGUUGGUAACAAUAUUCAUAAUUUUUAUAUUUGGUUAUAUAUCCGACACAGGGUGAUUUCUGGAAAAUCUUAGUUUCAAGAGGAAACUAAUGAUGAAGGCAGCAACAAGCACCUUCUGUGAUUAAUACCAAACAUUUUGACAUGUCUUAUGUCAUCUUCAGUGGUCUAAAACAAGGAAAAAAUAAAUAAAUAAAUAAAAGCACAAAAAGUUAUAAUAAUAACUAAAUACAAGAUUCUGAAAAAUAAAAUCUUGUAUAAAGUCAUUAUUUUAACCUGUGCUUUCAUAUUUAUACAAGUUUUAUUUUUUCUUGUUUUAGACCACUGAAGAUGACAAGACAUGUUGAAACAUUUGGCAUUAAUUAAAGAUGGUGCUCAUUGCUGGCUUCAUCAUUAGCUUCCUCUUUGUUAGGUCAUGCAUGAAAGCAGAGGAUAAUUAAAAGCAUCAAGGCAGUGCAUAAAUUUCAAGGGAAUAUUUUGCUUGCCUUGAACAAUCAUAUUGAAUAAGAAAUAAUGAAGUUCAGAAUGAACUCUGCAUGUUAUGAUUUUCUUGUAGAGCCAAGAGGAUUCUGGUCCAUUCUGUUCAUGUGUUCCUUCAGGUUAUUAUUCCAUAACCAAAAUUUGCACAUGUUCUAUAAGGUGAAGCCAAUAUGUUGCCGUACCUGUUUUUGUCUGUGAUAAAAAUGCCUCCAUGCUUAUUUCUUCCUCAUUUAUGCUCGAUCUUUAUUAUUUUUUUUCUCAUUGCAUCAUGGUGGUGAGAAAUUCUCCUUUUGCACUUUUUGUCAUUAUGUUCUUUCAAAAACAUCAAGUACUGAUGAAAUACAAAGCAGAACAUUGUUCUAAUGAACUGAACUGAAAUUGGUGGAGAAAAAAAAAGGAAAGCUUUAUAUCCAAAGGUCAAAGUUCCAUGAAUAUGUUGCAUGGUAAAGAUUAUGAAAAUGAUGUAUUCUGGCCAUGGAUGCAUAUAUGAAAGUUACUAGGCAUUUUGUAAAGCAAAAUAUAGAGUUCAUUUCUAGAGAAACUUCUAGAGAAAAGCUUCACUCACUUUGACAUGAAUGGAGAAAACAUAUUUUAGCAUCGAUACUUUACGAAACAGCAGCCUAUCAUCUCUGGUGGAGAGCCUUUUCAUCCCAUGUAAGGUGUCUGCAAGGUCCCUCUGUGUCAAGUUCAACUGAGUCAAUUCAGGGAAAGUAAUACUGUAUAUAAAGAAGUGGCCAAAUUUCCCAUUGACAGUUGAGUUGACAGGACCACUGGCAUCCUAGUCACCUUGGUUUUAUAUCAGAUUUAAAGCUGUGUACACAAAGCUUCAACAAAGUCCUCAUGUACAUAAAACUAGAAGUGGUUGCUGGGAUGACCACUGUAUAUAAAGAUCAUGUUCUAUACUGCCAUUAUACAAUAGCAUAGAAAUGAAAUUUAUAAGAAAUAUUUAUGUUUAUUUGAUACAUUGUGAUCAUGUUACUGUUGUAGUUGUUCACUUGUCCUUAAAAGGUUUUCUUGCUUCUACAUGUUUAUGAAUAUGACCUGUAUCCAUGCUUUUCGAUUAUAUUCUCAUAUGAUUAAUUUAAUCAUAAAAAGGGAGUCACAAAAUGUAUGUCCUGACAUUCAGCACUUGUAAAUUUUAUGUACAUUACAAUUUUUAUUACUAAACGUGUACAAACAUGGCCAGACUCAAUGUCGCCAUCAAAAACUGAUGAAAAGCUCAUCCCUGUAGUGGAGUAAGUUAGUUAUCAAUGUAUAAAACCAGUCAAGAGCUCCAUCAAACAUAGAAAGUAUAAUUUUAUUGUAUUUUUUAUUACCACUAUUAGUGUUAACUUAAAACCACCAAUGUAAGGAACUCUUCUUGAGCAUCAACACAGGCCAACAUUGGUUCUGUUUUUCACACAGCGCCUCAUUUACGGGAUUGAUCACUUUAGAACAAAACAAAAAAAAAAAAAAAAGUAGACAGUAACAUGUUUCCCAAGCUUCCAAAUAAAAUUAUGCAGCAA